AUGCAUCACCUCACCACACACGCCAAUGGUGUUGUCAUUCUAGCGCCCCAAAGAAUUAUUUUGGUCUCCUGCGACCCAAUUUUUUUGACAUAUUUAAUUGGUCCACCCUGUAUUACUUUUGCAGUUACCAUAUUUUCGUUGUCCAUUUUUUCAAAAUGCUUAAAACUGGACGAUUCACUCAUUGGAAUAAUAUCAGGCUCAAGCAAAGCAUUAUCUUCGCUAGUCUACGCAUUUGCACCAAAUACUACCAUAUUUUAUUUGGGGACGAUAAUGGAAUCUUUCAGUGGUACGUCGUACAUAGCAGUAAAGUCUUUGAUUUCCAAGUUAGUCGAACCGGAAGAAUUAGGUAAAGUGUAUUCGUUAUUUGGUGUUUGUGAAGCGCUAAUGCCAUUGGUUUACGGGCCUACCUAUACCAUGUUGUACAAAGCGACGAUUAAUACCUUACCUGGUGCAUUUUUUCUUGCAGGAGGAUUGAUUUCUCUCCCUUCCACUCUCAUGUUUUGGUGGCUUUACACUGAGCAUAAGAAAGACGCGAAUCAGGUAAAGGAGAUGGUACCUUUACGAGAAAAGUGCCCAAAUACAGAAGAUAAUAUAACAAUUUCGCCAGCCUAACUGCAACUACUGAAUUAGAAAAGAAUGGAGAAAAACUGCACCAAUGAGGAUUUAUUUAUCACAUAAUACAAUAGUCAAACCAUAUGUACUGUGUUUUUGCCACUUAUUAAACACUAGCUCAUUGAAUUUUUUGAAAGAAAAAAAAUGAGAUUAUGUGAUGGUUUUGUUCGUCCGUCUGUCCAUCUGUUGCUCGUCUAACUUCAAAAGUCUGAUUUCCGAAUACAAACCGAGUGAGAAAAAAUUCCUCCAUAAGGAAAAUGAACGCUAUUGUCCGCACUUUGUCCGUCUGUCUGUCAUAGCCAACUACCUACUACCAGAACAGCCUGUUCAUUGAAAUGUAGAUUUAUCUCUCGUUCUGCAGGUUCUGCCGUCCCGCCGUGCUUUGCCGACCCUGAAAACCCGCCUUCCUUGCCUUUGAUAAAUAAAAACAAUGCUAUUAGUUGAAUUAGAUACGGCUAUUAAAAUAAAUAGCAUCCAAUCCAACCAAUGCCUGGUAUGUCAUUGAUUCAA